AUGCUGCCGGCGUAUCUCUGGCACAAAGUCUUCCGCUACCUGCUGCUGCCACCCGGCUCCUCCCACCCUGAGAGUCCCCUCGUCCGGGGGAGACGCAAGGCGCCCUGGUAUCUCACCGCCACAACUCAGCCCACAGCGGGCAGAAACCUGCCCGUGAAAUUUGCGGGCCCUUCUUUCACAGCAGUCGGGCAGCACUGGAAGAACGUGAGGAGCAAUGGCAGUGGGUGGGCGCUGCUGUGCUGCGCCAUGGCCAGCAAGAGGCUCCUGGCCCACGUCCUCUCCUUCUCCAAUUCUCAAAAGCGCCUCCCUCACCUCCCUCUCUCUCAAACUCCGCGGCUGUGGGAAUCACUUUUGAGAAUUCUCAAAAGCGCCUCCCUCACCUCCCUCUCUCUCAAACUCCGCGGCUGUGUCGACAAAUCCUACCUGUACGACGAUCUACCAGAGGACUGUGAGGACGAUGCGGAUGAGAUGUUCUGGGUGCAUGCCUUCGAUUGCCCGGCGCUGCAGCGGCUGAAGCUCGGCCGGGGCAAGUGGAACCUCCAGGAGGAAGGGUGA